UGCCAUUGCCAUCGCAUUCAGUUGCGUUGAUCCGAUGGCGCAGUAGCAAAACCGAGUCUCCUCUCCUCCCUCCCUCCCUCCCUUCCCUUUGCCAUCAAACGCAAGCCGGGAGAAGCACCACCACCUAGAUAGAACAAUAAAAAUUGCUGCAUCCGUCAGAGCUGGCCACUACAAAAACCAGCUGCAUCACAGGAGAGAGCAGGCAGAGAGGCAGCUCUCCAGCUCGCGUUUGGGGUUGACCAGUUACUCCGGCGAACCGACGGCAAGCCGGCGCCGGCGGCGAGGGUCGUCGGGAGCGGAAGAGAGGGAGAAAGAAUGGCCACCACCGCCUCCGUCCGACCUCCCCUGCUCCGACAAGCAGCAGGUUCAGAAAAAGCCUCACUCCUUUGCAAACCAAAGCAGAGAGCUUCUGUCAGAAGAAGAAGCUUCACUGCCAGGGCCAGCUCGAAUCCUGUGAGCAUCCCGAAGCAAUGGUACAACCUCGUCGCCGACCUGCCGGUGAAGCCACCGCCGCCGCUGCACCCGCAGACGCACCAGCCACUGAACCCUAGUGACCUGUCCCCUCUCUUCCCCGACGAGCUGAUCAGGCAGGAGGUGACCGAGGAGCGGUUCAUCGACAUCCCGGAGGAGGUCGCCGAGGUUUACAAGCUCUGGCGCCCGACGCCGCUGAUCAGGGCGAGGAGGCUGGAGAAGCUGCUGGGCACGCCGGCGAAGAUCUACUACAAGUACGAGGGGACGAGCCCGGCGGGGUCGCACAAGCCGAACACGGCGGUGCCGCAGGCGUGGUACAACGCCGCCGCCGGGGUGAGGAGCGUGGUGACGGAGACCGGCGCCGGGCAGUGGGGCAGCGCGCUGUCGUUCGCGAGCAGCCUGUUCGGGCUCACCUGCGAGGUGUGGCAGGUGCGCGCGUCGUACGACCAGAAGCCGUACCGGCGGCUGAUGAUGGAGACGUGGGGCGCCACGGUGCACCCGUCGCCGUCGGCGGCGACGGAGUCGGGGAGGAGGAUCCUGGAACGCGACCCGGCGAGCCCGGGCAGCCUCGGGAUCGCCAUCUCGGAGGCGGUGGAGGUGGCGGCGAGGGACGCCGACACCAAGUACUGCCUCGGCAGCGUGCUCAACCACGUGCUGCUCCACCAGACGGUGAUUGGGGAGGAGUGCCUGGAGCAGCUGGCGGCCGCCGGCGACGUCCCCGACGUCGUCAUCGGCUGCACUGGCGGCGGGUCCAACUUCGGCGGGCUGGUGUUCCCGUUCAUGCGCGAGAAGCUCGCCGGCAGGAUGAGCCCGGCGUUCAAGGCCGUCGAGCCGGCGGCGUGCCCGACGCUCACCAAGGGCGUCUACGCCUACGACUUCGGCGACACCGCCGGCCUCACGCCGCUCAUGAAGAUGCACACCCUCGGCCAUGGAUUCGUCCCCGACCCCAUCCAUGCAGGAGGGCUUCGCUACCAUGGAAUGGCGCCACUAAUCUCCCAUGUGUAUGAGCUUGGAUUCAUGGAAGCCAUUGCCAUCCAACAAACUGAAUGCUUCGAUGCUGCGUUGAAAUUUGCGCGGACGGAGGGGAUCAUCCCGGCGCCGGAGCCGACGCACGCGAUCGCGGCGGCGAUCAGGGAGGCGAUGGAGUGCAAGAGGACGGGGGAGAAGAAGGUGAUCCUGAUGGCCAUGUGCGGGCACGGCCACUUCGACCUGGCGUCCUACGAGAAGUACCUGAGGGGCGACAUGGUCGACCUCUCCCACUCCGACGAGAAGCUGCAGGAAGCCCUCGCCGCCGUCCCCAAAAUCUGAUCAAUGCGAUACAAAAAUAAUCAUCAGUAACCAAGAAGAAUAAUCUCUGUUGUUGUGUUCUUGGCAUGUUGUUGUUUUGCCUUGGCGACCGUGUUCAUCUGCUGUUGAUUUAGGGACGCAUAUGGACUGAAUAAAUUUGAUCAAUAAAUGAAGUAGUUUCCCCUAAUAGGGGAAUGUUUGGCACAA